AUGGCUGAGGAAGAUGCCGAGCAAGCUUUUUUCCGGGCCCAGGCCAUGAGUGCUGAGUAUGAUCCUGCAGCAGUUGUUCAUGGCGCUGAGCUGUCGGGCUCUGAGGACUAUGAUCCAUCAAACACAGUACAUGAGGAAUACUCAGCUUCGAUAGCAGAAGAUAAUCAGAAUGGCCAUUCCGAAGAAAAUCCUACCACUUCCGCACCUCAGUCUGACGGAGAAGGCAACACCCAAAACCAAAACGCCGCUUCACAGCCUCCCUCAAGAACUGAAUCGCAAGCUUCUAUAUCUGCGCCUGACCAGCCAAAGACCAAAACUAUAGGCGGCUUUGUUAUCGAUGAUGAUGAUGAUGACGAGGAAGAGGAAGAGGAGGAAGAACUAGAAGAAGAGGACAAGGAUGAGGCAGAGUAUGAACCGCCGGGGGUACUGGGGGCCUUCGAUGAAGUUGGUUCUGGUUCUGCAAGCAUGUCUGAACGUCCUUUUUCUGAGAAUGCAAAUGAAACUGUUUUUACAUCUGGUGUAUCAAUACAACCACCUGCGCCUCCUAUGGGCAGUUCCAAAGAUGUUUCUAAUAAUGCUGUUUCUUCUUCUUCUCUUUCUGCUUCUGUUUCGUUGCCGACUGGUCAGAUUCCGUACACUGAGAACACAUAUAGCAAUGCGCCAACACCGGUGCCUUCGGCAUCAAAUCCCGCGUCGGCAGCAGCGUCCCGCCUACCCCAUGAUCGCGUGGGCUUGCUGGAAGAUAGAAUCAAAGAAGAUCCCCGUGGGGAUAUUGCUGCAUGGUUGGAACUGAUUGGUGAGCACCGAAGUCGAAACAGGCUUGACAAUGCACGAGAUGUAUACGAGCGGUUUUUCAAAGUGUUUCCAUCUGCUGCUGAUCAAUGGGUCGCAUACGUGAACAUGGAGUCGGAAAACAACGAACUACAGCGUCUAGAACAGAUCUUUAACCGUACGCUUCUGAGCAUACCGAAUGUGCAAUUGUGGACUGUUUACCUGGACUACAUUCGUCGGCGUCACCCGUUAACAACAGACACAUCUGGCCAGGCACGACGAACGAUUUCGUCGGCCUAUGAUCUAGCUUUUACGCAUGUUGGGAUGGACAGGGACUCGGCUUCUCUUUGGACAGACUAUGUACAGUUUAUCAAAACAGGACCUGGGAAUGCCGGUGGCACGGGCUGGCAAGACCAGCAGAAGAUGGACUUGCUGCGGAAAGCCUACCAGAGAGCGAUCUGCAUUCCGACCCAUGCGUUGAACACGCUGUGGAAGGAAUAUGAUCAAUUUGAGAUGGGCCUGAACAAAUUGACGGGUCGGAAAUUCCUCCAAGAGCGGUCACCAGCCUACAUGACGGCUCGAAGUUCUUAUACAGAGUUACAAAACCUAACUAGAGACUUGGACAGGACCACUCUUCCUCAACUACCGCCUGCCCCGGGCUGUUAUGGAGAUCUAGCGUUUAAACAGCAAGCCGAGUUGUGGCGGCGAUGGGUCAAUUGGGAGAAGGGCGACCCCCUUGUUCUCAAGGAAGAGGAUAUUUCAGCCUAUAAAGGCCGAGUUCUGUACGUCUACAAGCAAGCAUUAAUGGCUUUGAGGUUCUUCCCGGACUUGUGGUUCGAGGCGGCGGAGUUUUGUUUCCAGAGUGAUAUGAUUGCAGAAGGCAAUGAAUUACUUAGGCAAGGGAUUGAAGGGAACCCAGAGAGCUGUCUGCUAGCAUUCAAACGCGCCGAUAGACUUGAGAUCGAGUCGGAAUCGGAACAAGAUGCACAAAAACGGGGAGCAAAGGUGAGGGAAGCCUACGACAAAGUACUAGACGCCCUGUACGCCCUCCACACGAAAACCCGUGAGCAAGAAGAGAAAGAAAUCGCUCAAGUCAAAGAAGAGUUUGCCAACUCCCAGGAUGAGUAUCAUCCAGUUGCCGACGACGAGGACGAAGAUGAGCGCACACGCGAAGCCAAAGCCAAAGAAGCCGCAAUGGAAACGCAGAUUGAUACGAUCAAAGCUGCACAUACUGCGCAAAACACGACUGUUUCAAAGUUGAUUUCGUUUGCCUGGAUUGCUCUCAUGCGUGCUAUGCGUCGGAUUCAGGGCAAAGGCAAGCCUGGAGAGCUUGCAGGCUCGAGACAGGUGUUUGCCGAGGCUCGCAAACGUGGACGCAUCACCAGCGAUGUAUACAUUGCGAGUGCCUUGAUCGAGCAUCACUGCUACAAGGAUCCAGCUGCCACGAGAAUCUUUGAGCGUGGCGCGAGACUGUUCCCAGACGAUGAGAACUUUGCGCUUGAGUACUUGAAGCAUUUGUUUGACAUUAACGAUGUCACCAAUGCUCGUGCUGUGUUUGAAAUGACUGUCAGGCGACUGUCUAGCAAACCAGAAAAUAUACCCAAAACGAAAGCGAUUUUUUCGUUUAUCCAUGAAUACGAAUCUCGGUACGGCGAUUUGGUUCAAGUCAUUAAUCUCGAAAGUCGCAUGCGGGAGCUGUUCCCUGAAGACCCAACGCUUACUCAAUUCGCACAUCGCCAUGCAACACCCAACUUUGACCCAACAGCUGCUCCAAUCAUUAUCUCGACAUCUCAGACUCGGCCACCAGCAAUGACUUCCGUAGAACAACAGCACGCGUCGAUGCAGGAUACGCCUUCGCGAUACUUGGAGGUCCCGUCGAUCGAGUCGCCCAAGCGCACGUAUCCCAUAGACGAUUACGAUGACGAUAGCAGCCGGCCACGAAAGUUCCUACGUGCCGAAUCCCCUCUAAAGGGCGGCAGCGUUCCAUCAUCACGUCGACCAGAUCAACUGAAGCGUCCCGGCGCGCAAAGCAAUGGCAGCCCCCUUAUCGGUGGUGGCCAAUAUAGGCCGCAGCCCUCGGCAGCUCCAUUGCCUCGCGAUGUUGUGCAGCUUCUCAGUAUUAUCCCCCCUGCCUCGGCUUACAACGCAGGACGAUUUUCGGCGGAAAAACUGGUGGAUUUGUUGCGCCGGAUUGAUAUUCCGACGUCAACCUCGCAGCUUCGACCACUGCCACAGCCCAUGCAUGCGCAGUCCUACGGUGGUAAGUUCUUCUUUUUAUUUUCAACUUCA